UGGAAAAACCCAGAGACAUUUAAGGGAGCAAGCUUCAGUUCUACCAUCGUAAAUCUUAUCAAUACAGUUAUUGGUGCUGGUAUCUUGUCUAUUGCUUACAGUAUCAAGCUUGCUGGUGUUGCAGGCUCCAUCAUCCUUAUUAUUGUUGUUUUGAUUCCUUCUCUGAUCACUUCGUAUUAUCUGUCGUGUGCUACAGUCUAUACGAAUGAGUCUGUUUAUGGAGUUGUCGGUACCAAGCUUUCUAACAAGGUUGUUGGUGCGUUAGCUGAUUUUUCGAAUGUUCUCCUAUACUUUGGAAUUGACAUUGCUUACAUGAAUGUCCUUUUCCAGCAAGUAGUGGAUAUUGGUUCUGAGGUAUUCAAUCAAGGAGAAUUCUUUAAUGAGUACAAAACUUGGAUUAGUUUCUUCGUUACUCUCAUUAUUUUGUUCCCUCUGAGUUCCAGUAAGAAUAUGGAUGCUCUUGCCUUCACUUCCUCCAUUGCAGUUGUUUGCGUCGCAAUCUUCGUUGUUGCUUGCAUUUAUUUGGGAGUUGUUGGCAUUGUGGAUCUGGGACUUGGAUAUAUGGCCUGAUACUAUAACUGGUUUGUCAACCGCUUUUGCUGUCUUCGUACUUUGCUUUUGCUCGCAUGUCAACAGCUCUAAGAUUGUGAGUGAGCUGAAGUUCAGUGCCAAGUCGAAGUUCCAGACGAAGGUCAACAAGAGCAUGCGUGCCACAAUCAUUGCCUACGUGAUUUGUGCGUUGAGCUAUUUCUUCGUGGGAAUUUGUGGUUACAUGGCGUUCGGAAACAGUAUUCAGGGAUCCAUUUUGGAUUCCAUGAAGGACAAGAACGUGUGGUUUAAGCCGAUCAUUCGAAUUGGAUAUGGACUGGUGGUGAUGUUCUCGUAUCCCAUUCUUGGAUUCCCUGCCGUGAACACGAUCGACGCUUACCUUUUCA